AAUCGGCGCGGCCCUCAGAGCCGGGUGGAGCGACGGGAGUAAAGGCGCCGCGGAUUGGCGCGGCGGCGGUCAGGUGACCGGGCGGUUAUGGCGGUGAGGUGUUUUUUCUGUUAGGCCCGAGCGGAGCAGCGAGGCCGCGGGCCGGCGUUUGACACGGAGCCGGGGCGGCGGGAAUAUGAAAGAAGUGCCAACAUGACAUCAAGAUAUGGGAAAACCUACAGCAAGAAGGGAAGUGCUGGCAAUUCGAAGUUUGAUGAGGUGUUCUCUGGUAAGCGAGCGAAAAUCAGCACCAAAUGGGGCGAGAGCACCUUUAAGGCGCAGCUGACCCAGAAGAGACCGAAUGUGAAAGCAGAGGCAGUGGAGCAGCCCAAGCGGCAGAAGGUUGAAGACCAGUUGCCAGAGGACCCAUUUGGGUUUGACAGUGACGAUGAUUCUCUCCCUGUGUCGUCGCGGAAUCCAGCUCCUGCCAAGGCACCGCAGUCCACGGAGUCUCUGAAACCGGCCGAUGGAGAUGGUGUGACCCCGUUGGAUGUGAACAGUAGGAUGAGUCGGCCCAUUGGCGGUGAGGCUGUUGUGUGCAACAGGUUUGCGUCCUUGGCUGAUACAGUCCAGGAGAACAGUUCGGGUCGAGGUGUUGCCUUGUGUCCGGAGACCAAAGAAGACCAAGUCUCCGGCAACAAGUUGAACUCGCUGGGGGGUAAGCACCAAGAUCCAUUGAGAGAAGGAAUUGAAAAAAAUAGUUUUCCCAAGAACAAGAAUGCAACCGAAAACGAAAAGAAAGCUGAAGUGACCAGCACAAGACAGGCUGGUUUUAAAGCUGAUGAAUCGCCCUUGGAUAGUUGGGAUGAGAUCAUGAAGAGCUCAGGGUCACCCUCUGAAAUGCAUCAGAGGACAGAAUUCCAGCCAUGGGUUGGUGGACUUGGCCGGAUGCCGUGUGUCAAAAAUGAGGCUUCUGAUGGAAGGCAAGGCAGACAUGGAGAUGCUUUAUUAAACCCCGAUAAGCCCCUGGAACUUAAAGGUAACCAAGGAAUUUUUGAGCGGGCAGAAUAUUCCAGCUUCAAGGAUGAGGAGAUAGAGAAUGACUCCCAGCCACUCAGGUCAAACUGCAGGACAUACUGUCGCUCCAAUAAAGGUAAAUCAGGAAGUGCUGGCACAACAAAUUUUGAUAAAAUAAUUGAUGGCACUGGGAGAUCUGCUCAAGCUGACCUGAUGGCCAAGGACAGCUUAAAACUAGACACCAAAACUUCAGGGACAACAGGCAAGCCAUCUACAGCUCGGACUGCAAGAGACACCAUUACCUUGCCCUCGUCUUAUCUAUCACCUUGCAAUGUCACGCUUCAGGACACCACAGACAGGAGCAUGGAUGAAUUCACCACCAGUCCAGCUGACCUGGGAGAAGCAGGCCGCUUGCGGAAAAAAACAGAAGCUGCGGCGGGUAAGACUGCUGUCAGAUUUCGACCAACCCAGUCCAAAUCCAAAAAAGAUGCAAAGCUGGAGUUUUUUGGGUUUGAUGAGCAGGAGGGAGAGGAAGGUGCCUUCCAAUCAACUGGCGGUGCAGCCAACUAUAAAAUCAAGUACUUUGGUUUUGACGAUCUGAGUGAAAGCUCUGAUGAGGAUGAAGAUUCUGAAUCAGAAGGCAGGCACCGGAAAAAAUCUUCAGUCAGAAUGGGUGAUAUUGGGGAUCUUCUGUCGAACUCUGAAUCAACAGACUCUCAAGGAAGCCAGUCGCAGUCUCAGCACAGCACAAAUACAGAUCCUCUGGAGUUCAGUGAUGAGUCAAAUCCCAACUUCCCUGAUGUUGGUAGGAAACAAAUGAACAGACAGGAAAAAGCCAAGGAAAAUACCAGGAAAAUCUUCCAUGGACCUAAACGGUCUCCUACUAAAGCUGUGUAUAAUGCCAGACACUGGAAUCAGCCUGAGGCAGAGGAGCUCCCUUCAACACUGUCACAAUCUCAUAAUGUAGCAGGGAGUGCCGCAAGUAAGCAGCCACUGGCGCAGUCUCAGACAACACCGGUCAUAGCCACCACAAAGGAAACUGCUCAGAAGGAUGAAGGUGUCUUCAAAGCCCCUCCUCCUCCUCCCCGUGUGAUCAAAACUGUAACCAUACCAACCCAGCCAUACCAAGACAUUGUGACUGCACUGAAAUGUAGGAAGGAGGAUAAAGAGUUGUACACUGUGGUCCAGCACGUGAAGCACUUCAAUGAUGUGGUGGAAUUUGGCGAAAACCAAGAGUUUACAGAUGACAUUGAGUAUUUGCUCAGUGGAUUGAAGUGUUCUCAGCCUCUCAACACACGCUGCCUUAGUAUUAUCAGCUUGGCCACCAAGUGUGCCAUGCCCAGUUUCCGAAUGCACCUGAGAGCUCAUGGGAUGGUAGCCAUGGUCUUCAAGACACUGGAUGAUGCACAAAAGAACCAGAAUCUAGCUCUUUGCACGGCAGCACUAAUGUACAUCCUGAGCCGAGACCGACUGAACAUGGAUUUGGAUCGAGCCAGUCUGGACUUGAUGAUUCGCCUCCUGGAGUUGGACCAGGACCCAUGCUCACGUCAACUGAAUGAGAAAGAAAUGAAAAAGAUAAAGGAGAAAAUCCGCAAGCUCUGUGAGACUGUUCACAACAGGCAUCUGGACUUGGAGAAUAUCACGACGGGACAUUUGGCAAUGGAGACACUGCUUUCCCUCACGUCCAAACGGGCAGGAGACUGGUUUAAAGAGGAAUUGAGACUCCUGGGAGGAUUGGAUCAUAUUGUGGACAAAGUAAAAGAAUGCGUGGAUCAGUUAAGUGAAAAUGAAGAGCAGGACAAACUGGUUGCAUCAUUAUGGGGCGCGGAGCGCUGUUUACGUGUGUUGGAGAGUGUCACAGUUCACAAUCCAGAAAACCAGGGUUACCUUAUAGCGUACAAAGACUCCCAGCUCAUCAUCUCUUCUGCCAGGGCGUUACGACACUGUGAGCAGUUGAUCACACGGUAUAACCGGGAAGACAGCAAGAUCUGCCUAGCAAACAGCAAUUCUCUGCCAGAGUAUAGUGCCUCUAGUCACAUUGGCAAAGCAGUAGAGGACUGCAUGAGAGCAAUCUUUGGUGUCCUGCUAAACUUGACCAAUGACAAUGAGUGGGGCAGCACAAAGACUGGUGAGCAGGACAACCUCAUCAGUACAACCAUGAACUGCGUGCUUCAGGUGCCACAGUACAUACCUCAGGAACAGAGAUUUGAUAUUCGAGUGCUGGGUCUAGGCCUGCUGAUUAAUCUCGUGGAACACAGUGCUCGCAACCGACAUUGUCUUGUUGACAUGGAAACACCGUGCUCCUUUGAUUCAUUCUGUGCUGUGGAUGGAAACGAUAGUUUGCGGAUGGAAGGACAGGUGGGAGCUAUCGAGGCCUUGGUGCAGUUGUUUCUGCAGCGGGAGCGAGCUGCCCGCCUUGCUGAGACUGAGACUGACGAUUUCAUCAAAGACACACCAGCACCACCUCAGGACCAGAGUGGCCAGUGGCAGGAGACUGCUGGGUCAUUGGAAUGGGUACAGUCAGAAAAUUGUACCAAGAAUGACAGUGAAAAGAAGGAGGAGGAGGAUGAAGAGAUUGACCUGAAUAAAGCCCUGCAGCAUGCUGGAAAGCACAUGGAGGAUUGCAUUGUGGCCUCGUACACAGCACUGCUUCUGGGCUGCCUAUGUCAAGAGAGUCCAGUGAAUGUUACUACUGUGAGGGAGCUUUUACCCGAAGGAGACUUCUCCAUAAUGACUGAGAUGUUGCAGAAGUUCUUGAAUUUCAUGAAUCUCACUUGUGCAGUGGGAACGACAGGACAGAAAUCCAUCUCUCGAGUGAUUGAAUACUUGGAUCACUGCUAAAGAACACCAAGCUUCAGCUACAGAUAGGCUAUGUUCUGUCCCUUGGGGUUAAACCCCCUUCCUCAUCAACCGAUUCAUAUGGGCAAGACCUACCCUAAAUGAGCACCAAGGGGAAGCUCACUCUCUGCUCUGUCAGUGACUGCUUCCAAAGGAGCUCAUGUCCAUUGUAUAGUCUGAUCUACAGGCAGUACCAAAUGAAUGAACAGGGUGAAUCUGGUUGGAGGCAGAGACAAAUCUGAGGAUGAAUGCCAUGUGCUUUAGGUAUCAACAACUGAUAUUAAUUGUAUAGGUCAAAUUAUUCCAUACCCACACAGGUAUGCAAAUAGCCCCAGUAUUGAGAAUCUUUCCUGCAAGAUCAAAAUUCAGAGUUUAAAAAAUACUAAAUGGCCUUGUGUUUCUCAGCAAUACUACAGUGUGUUUUCAUCGGUCAGGCUUGUUAUGGUUUAGUGUGGGUAUGGAAUAAAUCCUGCACCCCACAUGUUUUAUGGUUACUGAGACAUGUAGGCAUUACUGUGUCUGGUAAUCAUUGCUCCUGAGCACAGUGCAUGUGGUCGAUUGACAACUAAUUCAUCUGACACCAGAAAACCAUGCAACCCUCCAAAACAGCUAUUUGUUUUACUACAAGCUGAACAGAUUGAUGUGGUUUAUGUUUUGACUCGUGUUCUAUAUAUAGAGUUAAAUAACACAGGUAUAUAAUUAUAUGAUAAGACUAUUUGUUUUAGUUGCCCUGAUCCAUUCAGCUUGUAUUAAAAUGAAUGGUACAAGUUAAGCAGCCAAUUACAAUCUCAAGUAUGUCAUCAAUACUGUAAUAUCACUUAUUGGAUGAGGGUUUUUUGUCUUAAAAAAUCUUCAUCCUAAGUUAUCUCGGACAUGUUUUUAAAUUGGGAAAACACACCAGCAGUAUCCAGGUCCCAACCUGAUUUGGUUACCUGCAGUUAUCUCUGGGUUGGAGUCUCACUGGAUCCACAGAAAAUAUGUACAAGAUGCCUAUUUCAAGAUGACUGAGUGUUGCUGUGAAGCUAGUUGAUAACUUUCAGUACUCAGUUGUCAUAUUUGAUUGUGAUUAGUCUUUGAUUCCAUUUUGGAUGUUUUCGGUGCUGUGGUCUGCUUUUGAGUCUAUGUAACAUUACCAGAGGCCAUUUAGAGCUCCUGAGAGUUUGAACACUGGAGUGAAGCAACGUCCAUUUUCUUCGUCUUAAUUUAGGAAAUUCCUGUCCAUGCUUGUAUUAAACACAAUGAAAUGGCCAAUCAGAACAGGAGAGGAGAAAGCACUGGUACAUGAAAUAUAUUCCAAGAUUCUCAAUUUUAAUGCAUUAGUUUCUUGCUUUGCUGAAAAAUAUUGAGUUUACCUGAGCGCAGGGCUGUGUAAAAAUCCUACCUCCAAUUGAUAGGCAUUUUUGAAUUUGGAGCCAUUUUCACCAUCUGCAUAGGUAACUUCAGGAUGUAGAACAAAUGUGCAGAGCAGGAAUAAUAGUCAUUAGCCUUUGCCUUCUCCACUGCCACUCCCUUCUAUUCCUCUUUUCCGGUCAAUGACAAGUUCACAAUACCUGUAAAAGUUUUGCAGUUACUCCAGGAGAGUGGUGAGAGCAGAUGUCUUAAUUUUGAUAUUCAACUAAUAUAGUAGGGAGAGGGUUGGGGAAUGUUCAGUGAAGUUAAAUCACUAUAUGCAGUCAAUCCAACAAAGCUGUGUUGAAUAUUAUAAUGUGAACAUUUUAAAGUUGAUGGUUCUUUCCACACAUUUUAAAAACCAAAUUUGCUCAUGCAGAAACCAGUAAUGUUCUGUGUCUUUACCAGAGGAAUUAACAGUUGUGACAAAGUUUUUACCUUAAGGCUGAAUCUCAGCAGCAUUUCCAUCCUUCGAGGUGUGAUCCGUUGAAGUGCUACAAAAGUGGGCAAUUUGCUUCAAUUUGACUGGCUUAUCUAGAGAGCUGUAGCUAGUAAACCUGGCUGGUAAAUAAUGAGGAAAAUUUCAGUCUAGUCUUUAAUUUCCUCCAGGUAUAGAAAUGGUAAAAGUAAGGGGGAAUUUGCAGAAGAAUGAAGAAAUGAUUCUCUGCAUAUUUUAGGAUCAAAGUAAAACUGUGGAAAAUGACCAGCUGAGCCUGCCAGUAAGCAACUGCAUUGGAAAUCUUCCCUUUUGUGUUUCUUGGUGUAGGGUUGCAUUUUACCUUUUCCGCUUUCCAUCUGCCCAGUAACAUCAUGUGCCUGUGUUUAAUUGCUGCACAUCCAUUGCAAAAAUGCCAGCUCACAUCUCCAUUGUAUCAAGGACUGCAGUGGAAACUGAAUUAGAGUUUAAGCAGAGAAGGAAUCAGCAACAUAAAAAUAUGUUGGUGGAUGUCAUUUGGACAGCCUCAAUAUCCCAUUGAGCUCUUGUGAGAUUUGCGGAUCAUGGAACUGCAGUGCAGGUCAAGGUAUUUACCUCCCCAUACUAAUGCCCCUUAAGUUUUUAAUUCCAAUGGGUUUUGAUUGGGAAUGCUGCUUUAAUAUUAUUGGAAGGAGCUGGCUGUUCUGAAUUAGUGAGCCAGCUCCCAAGAUCCAAGGUGCACCUUCAGUGUUCUUUGUGGAUGAUUGUUAUUAACUAUUUAAGUGUAGAAGACCAAAUGACUGAAGAACUAGAAAAAUCUUUAGCGUCCUCGUUUUCAUGUUAAUUAACUGGGUUUUGCCCUACCCGUGUCAUUUUUUUAACCCAAAAUAUAAUUGUCUCAGAAUUUUAAUUGCUGCUUUUAGUUAGACGGAAGUGUAUGUCUGAGUUAUCCAGCUUUGCAGAACCUUUUUUUUAUCAUCUGCAGUAGCAAAUUGUCUUAUGGUUUAUUGAGACUUUGGUAUAUUUUUCAAGGUGGAUUGCAUUCUCUGUGAUGCUAAAGUCUUCAUAAUGUGAAAUAAAAGCUAUUGAGAAUUAGGAGGCACAAGUUUUAAUCUCUGGAACCCAACUUCAAACCAGCGUGGACUGAGGGAUCCAACAUUCAACACUGGUAGCUGCUGGUUACACAAUAUUCGGUAAGGGAUGGAUUGCUGCAGCAAAUGCCUUCAAGCUUAAUGAGAUUUGAUUCUGCAUUUGCUCGACUAGUUCUCCAGUUUGCCAAAAGAGGUGUUUUGUUCCCUCCACUGACACAUCUCUUCUUGAUGAGCACUGGAAAAUAUGGAUGGUAGAGAUUAUUGACAAUUCACUGUCGGGUGUCCACCAAAGAUACUUUGAGAGCCCUUUCGAACUAAUUACCCCCUCUGCUUUAACUUUGUUCCACCAGGCCUUGUCUCUUUGCUGUUUGAGCAAUCUUUAAUUUCUGUUUGCUUAGGCUGGCCACAGGUAGCUAGCUGCUGGUCAGCGAAGUUAUUUCCAUUCAGGUCAAUAAGAACUAUGCAGAGAAUGUUAUAUUUCAAUAAAAUCUUUCUCCCCAUUGUUUCUUCCCUCUUUGAUUAACCUUUAGUAUUCAGUAUCAUUCUCCAUUGGUGCUGAUAUUGUUCGAAGGAUUGGGAGCUGUGCUGUUUAUAAUUCAGGAAUCCUAACUAAUGUUCCUUUUCCUGUGGUUAAGUGUCCAGAUUCCAAUCAUUGUCUGCCUCUGCUAUCAACAGAUUGGAUGUUGUGAAGUUAAAAUCCUUUGUUCAAGGUAGAACUUAUUUUGAUGUGUACAUUUGGUUUAUUCUGCCCUCUGAGAGGGAGCUAUUCCCAUUUCCCUCCAAUCUCACACAAACUACCACAGACUGUAACCUAUCAUACCAAUUGCAUGUGUCCAUGCCAUGCAUCUGUGUCCUGGAAGAGUGCAGAUGCUAUUCCUUUCUGCACGUGACUGGGGUCAGCUGAAUUAGUCUUUCCUAGAAGAUGUACUGUUCCGGAGAAGGCACAUGUGGAAGUCUGUCUCAAGGUGUUUAACUUUUGCAUUCUUUUGCUCAAUGCUCUGCUGUACUGCUUGAUGCCUGCUAUAGAAGGAGUAUCUCCCAUGGACAACCUAGUUGAUGUUGAGUUUUCUACACUACUGCUUGUGACUGUUUCCUGAGAAAUGUAUAUCUAUGCUUUAUAUUUUUAAUUGUACAGCUGACUGAAGCCUCAGUGAUUUAACUUGACUAAAUCUGGCUAUAAACUCCAUGGUGCCAAUUUGAACACUCAUGGAUACAGGAAAAUGUGUGUGAAAUAAGUUGUUGGAGCCAGAACAUGCUUAGUGGGAAAUGAAUGAAAUGUUUUACAGGAGCUGUAGAAACAGUUCCUGAUUUGCUUCAGUUAGCGCUUGGAAACUGGUUUUCCGAAUACAAAUGAUGUCAGCUGGAUCAGAGUAUGAAAUGUGCUUUUUCUCAAAUCCUGCCUCUCAGGAUUAGAUGAGAUUGCAGAUUAUACUUUCAGAAACUCCUUAGAAAGUUUCCAUUCUUAUAAAGGUUGCUGCAGGUUCACCAAGCAGUAGACUGAUCAGUUCUUCAGUCUUGCUAUUGAGAGCUGUCACAAUUUGAGCACAGACACUCAGAGUUCUUUUAAUCCCUGUUUUUUUAUAACUCUAUGAAUGUUCUUACUAACUGUAAUCGUCUCCAGUUUGAGAUUUUAAAGCCAUGUUUUAUAUUUGUCAAAGUAAAGCUACUUAAUAUUUUUAAUCAGAUGCAAUUUGUUUAAUUCUAGUCUGCAGUUAACAGCAAUGCAGCUUCUAUCUAUUCUAGUUGGGCUUGCUUUUAGAUAAAACGUUGGUCUGGUUGUGGUGAAUCCCUAGUUACCCUGUCACUCAUUUACAUGAGCAAACCCUAUGGUUCGUAUUUGAGUUCUGAUGAUGAGGCUUCAUCUUGUCCUUGCUCCAUGAACCAGGAUUAGAUGUGCCAAAUGCAGCAUCCUAGCUCCCCACAGUUCUACAGCAUUAAUGAAUGUGAACCUGCUCCCUUCAGCAUACUUGAUACGUUAAGUUAGUACUAGACUUCCAUAACUGAAAAUGGGGAAGACCUUUUACUCAUGUCUUCAUUUACAAUCACUCUUUCACUUGCCACAAAAAUCAAUUCCAGAAAGCAGAGGGAUGUUGCUGUUAUUGUGAACAUUGGAUCUAGUUUCUAAAUUGUCCGACCAGAAUGGGUGUAAUUGACUAUCAACACUGCAUGUAUUUCCAUUCCCUGCCCUCCCUCGUGUUGAAUCAAAUGGAGUGAAUGAGUGAUGCAACUGAGCCCCGGUAAUGGAGCUCUGUAUUGGAUCCUGAUUGCUUGCAUGUACCUCGGGCAAAACUCCCUUCCAGGACAGACUAUCAAUGCUUCAUAGCUUGGGGGAGGUGGAAACAAAUGUCGCAAUGCUUAAAAUAGGGCAUUAUCUCAAUCCUGCAAUCAUGAAUCAAGCUUAAGUCAAAAACCACUAUUGGCAAAGUUGUAUUAAAGUUUUUAAUUCUAUAGCCUGUCCUGCCAGGUGGUUGGAUGCCUUCUGGAUUCACUUUAAUUACAUCAGUGACCUGUGUUGAUCAGAAAUCCACGCAGUAUAUUCUGGACUAAGUAGCUGAGUAUGUCUUAAAGAGCAUAAACAAUAUAGGUGAUGAUUCAUUGAAAUUCUUGGAAAUGCUUUGAAAUCAUGCUUUGAAUUUGAGAACUGAAUUCGAUGAUGGGGCCUUAACUCUGAUUCCAGAAAUGCCAGAGUCUUUACAUGGGGGGGAUAGGUCCAAUUAGGUGAUGGUUUUGUUUGUUGUGUAUAAGGACUGGAGAAUGUUGUUCAGUAAAUUUAGCAAUGGUUUUGUUUGUGCUCAGCUUCAUUUAUCCUUUAUCUUUCUCUUGCUCUUCUGCCCUGCAGACAACUUGAUAGAAAUGUGAAAUUUGUUGGGUUGGGAUUAAUGAGUGCCACAGGGGGAGCCUCAUCCUUAUGUCCACAACUUGAAGGAGAAAACCAAGUAACUUGGUCAGCUCUGUCCUUUAUCGUUUUACAUUUUGGAUAAGCUUUCAUAGCUGCACAGAUUUUGAUUUUUUUUUUAAAAGGCAGCUGCCCUUACAGUAAGGAUUGUUGUCAUGCAUUUGUGUAUUAAUAGGGCUCUUCGAACACAAAUGCCUUAAUAGGUGGGCUUUGGUUAUUUAUGUAAAUUAGAAAUAUAUGAAAUAAACCAAAGUGGAAGGUUUGAGUUUCCAGAUCUGUCCAGAGAGGAGGGAGAGCAAGUUGCAGUAUUCAAAGUAAAUGUUUUGGUAUCCUUGGUAAAAACCCAGGAGGAGGGUUUAACUGGAAGGUGUUGGCAAGUUCAUAGUGAGUGUUUGGCCCCAUGGCUGCUGCCACUGAUAACGGAUAACAUCUUCACAUCCACUGAUUUGGACACAGUAGCUUUUCAUGGGUUCCCCUCCGUUGCUUCCAUUUGUUUUCCACGGGACUGUGCAGAGGGAAAGCAACUCAAAUGACUGUUGCUGGAAUAUCUGAAGAUGCAGAUGACAAAAUCCAUUAUUCAGCUUUCAACAAACCAUUUUCCUCAAAGUUAUUUUUUUUAAAGUUUUAAUGAGAGUUAAAUUUGUGUCUAUCACAUUUUGAUAGUUUAUAAAAUUACAAAAUUUUGCUAUGGAAACUAUUGCAGUAAGUUAAGAUCCUUAACACAGCACACAACUUUUCUGCACAGUGGUCAUACCCAAGGUUUCAUCAGUCCAAAAUCAUUUGAAAUGUCCAUGUGCUUUCCCCAAACAUCCAUCCUAGAUGCUUCUACACUCAAGCCCUGAUCUUUAUUGAUUGAUCAUGUAUCCAAUAGAUGUGGUGGGCUGUUACUCAACCGAAGUGUGAGAGAGCCAAAUACAUCUCACCAGUCAGCAGUUCUGAGAAUUCGACACAAUUAAGCCAGUUAAUUGGAGUUCAUCAGGUUUUAGCAGCAUUUUAGUAUGGAUUUAGUACCUCUGCAAUGAACUGGUAACUGGGAAAGUGUCUAAUGUUUUCAUUGAUCACAUAUUCUGUAAAUGGCAUCAAAUGACUUUGUAGUACAAAAUCCUGUUCGCACUCAAUGCCUGUGCAAUAGUCCCAUUCAUCGAAUAUUCUUUAUAGCUGCCGGUUUGGUUGGGGGAGUUUCAUUUCAUUACUCCAGGUAAAAGAUUCCCUGAAAUCAGGUGAAAUUGCAGAUACUAUCCACCUCUCUCAACUCAAGUUGAUCAUUCACACAAUUUUCUCAAUUACUUUUCGCAUUGCUAGCCUGUGGUGCGUUCAGUUUCAUUUAAUGGCUGUCUCCGCAGAAGCAGACUUGCUCUGCUUGCAUGAAUCCCAUUUGGAACCCACUUGGGCUUCUGUGUUAAUAUGCACGCAGUCUAAAAGUGCUGAACUUUGCAUGAGGUUUCUUGUUUACAGUGAUGGGAGUUUGGGGUUCUGUUCCAUUGUGAUGGUGCACGCACACCACUUCUGGCAGUUCUGGGGACGAGGUUCAUCCUAGGAAUGAAAAUGUGGUCUUCUGAAGUUCAGGCUCUCCAGUGUGAAUAGAGAGUGAAACAUAACUUUCCUAUUCUCAUCUAAAUUGUUAUUUCAGUCAAGUACUAUUUUAAAGCCUUCCUGUUCUGAUAGGAGGGGUGCUUCAAGCUUGGAAGAGCUCAUGUCUCAUGAUCUUGACCCUGUGUAUACCUGAUCCUCCAUGACAGGUUGGAAUGGGAGAUGUAGCUACCCUUGGGCUGCAAGGUUUCCCAGUAGUUGUGUAGACUUCCAAUGUAAUUUAAGCAGCAAAUCUCUAACUGACUAAUUGUGCAGGCUUCUAAAGGUGCAUUUAUGAGGAUUCAAGAUGUGUUCUCUGAUGCAUUUAAACUGUUUCAGUCUGAAACAAUCCCAGCUGAGUUCAGGUUUUGUAGAUGAGAGGCAUGGCUGAGUUAUUUUAGAAGGUUGGUUACCUCCGUAGUUGCCACUUUUCUCCAAGUUUCACUCUCAGCACUCCUGUGCACUCUGUCAUUACUUGUGGCUUCCCCACAAGUAAAACACCAAUGUCUACAUUUGCAAUUGUUUUCAUUCCAUUCCGUUGUAGUAAUCACAUGACUGCGGAAGGGUACAUGAGGGCCUGAACAGAAUGGAUUUAAAAUAAAUUUUAAAUGACUUUCUUUGUGUAAAUAGUUGUGUAAAUAUUGGCAAUUGGAAAUUUAGAAUGGUAGAAAUACUUUUCAGAUUCCGAUCCUAUUUUUAUUUUAUACAUAUUUCUCAGUUUCAAUCUUCAGAGUAAAAGCCAAAUGGCAGGAAAUAGAGUUUGUACCAGUUUCUGAAGUAUGUCUUUGGUUACCUGUAAAUAAUUUUAACUCGAAUAAAAG